ACACGGAGUCGUCGGUGACUCGUUUUGACUCGCUCGAGUUUUAUUACUUAGCACCAUCCCUCACUCACUAAAUCGCAGUGUUGCCAUUAACACAAACAUCUUCAAUCUUCAUCUCCACCUGCAUUCCCAAUUCCUCUCUCUAUCCAUGGCCGAUUCAACCUCAAGCGAUUCACUCUCACUCGACAUCGAUUCCUUUUCUCCUUCACCUCAGGAACAUAUCAUCAGAACACGUCAUGGUUCUGUAUCUGUUGCUGUAUAUGGAGACCAGGAUAAGCCAGCUCUAAUCACAUAUCCGGAUUUGGCUUUAAAUUAUGUCUCCUGCUUUCAGGGGUUAUUAUUUUGUCCCGAGGCAUAUUACCUUCUGCUCCACAAUUUCUGCAUUUAUCAUAUUAGUCCACCUGGGCAUGAGUUGGGAGCUGCUGCAAUCGAUCAAGAUCACCCAAUUCUUUCUGUAGAUGAUUUAGCUGAUCAAAUAGCCGAGGUUCUCAACUUUUUUGGUCUUAGUGCAGUCAUGUGUAUGGGAGUAACUGCUGGGGCUUACAUUCUUACCUUAUUUGCUAUGAAGUAUAGACAACGUGUUCUUGGUUUGAUACUUGUUUCUCCUCUAUGUAAAGAACCGUCUUGGACUGAAUGGUUGUACAACAAGGUCAUGUCAAAUUUACUAUACUUUUAUGGCAUGUGUGGGGUGGUUAAGGAAAUAUUGCUGAAGCGGUACUUUAGCAAGGAAAUUCGAGGUGGCACUCAAUUGCCGGAGUCAGAUAUAGUUAAAUCUUGUCGAAGGUUGUUGGAUGAGAGGCAGAGUUUGAAUGUGUGGCGAUUCCUGGAAGCUAUUAACGAGAGACCUGACAUAAGUGAAGGGUUGAGAAAACUACAUUGCCGUUCGCUUAUUUUUGUUGGGGAUAUGUCACCAUUUCACUCGGAGGCUGUUCACAUGACUUCAAAGUUAGACAGACGAUUCAGUGCCUUAGUUGAGGUUCAAGCAUGUGGAUCAAUGGUAACAGAGGAGCAGCCUCAUGCCAUGUUAAUACCAAUGGAGUACUUUCUCAUGGGAUAUGGCUUGUACAAGCCAUCCAAGUUGAGUGUCAGCCCAAGAAGUCCCUUGAGCCCAUCAUGCAUUUCGCCUGAGCUUUAUUCACCAGAGAGCAUGGGUUUGAAAUUGAAACCCAUAAAGACACGAAUUUCUCUGGAAAUCUAGAAGUAGAUUAAUAAAAGGCUGGGAAAUUGGUGCCCCUUCUGAUUGUAUGGUUAGAGGGAAUGAAUGAGGGGAUGCCAUGCCAGAUCGUUGUAGAUAGGGAGAAAGGGAAAUAAGAAAUCAACAAAGAGGAAAGAAAUGGGAAGAGUUUAGUAGAAAUCAACUUAUAGUGAUUCUUUCAUUUGUAAUAAAUCAUAGAUCAUAGAUUUUAGUCAAUGAGUCUCAAGCCUAUGAAUAGUUGUAAAGCUUCGGAAUUGUUUUCAUAUUUAGAGGGAAAAAAUGGAAAGUUCAGAUUACAAUUGUAAAACAAACAUCGGAGGGCAUGAAGUCAUUACCGUGCUAUAUCUCCUGUUUUGAAGUAUUUUCAUGUUGUAGGCAUCUUAUUCUCUGUCAAUAAAGAAAGACAUCUGUUAAAAGUUCACAAGCAAAUGUUUAUUCAGAAGUCAUUCAUAGUG